AUGGAAUUAAUGGGAAAUGAUGUAGAAAAUUCCAAGGUAGUUUUCAGCUGGAGUGAGAUGCGUUGUAAAGCAGGUGCGGAGGCCGAUGCUUUGGUGCUUCGGAGCAAAAGUCUCAUGGUUAAAGCUAAAGCAGGCGUAAAUUUUAUAGACAUUGAAACUAAAGGUGUUAAAGCAAAAAUUGGAGUCAACGUUGAUAUGGGUGCAUCAAUUGGUCUUGAUGGUAUAGAAGCUAAGAUUGGCGUAAAUUUAGAAGAAAUGGACAAGUUUCAAUAG